AUGAUCAGGAGCAGUAUAUCCCCUGGGUUAGAGAAUUCCCUUAAGGAAGCAAUUGAGAUUGGCAUUUCUAAAGAGGAUGCUCUAGAAAUUUUAAAGGUAAUCAGACAGGAACAGCAAAGUGAUGGAGCAAAGCCUUCUGAGGAAGCAGAAACUAUUAAGAAGAGUACAGCCCUGGAAGUGUUGGAAAAAGAACAGACUCAAGGAUUCAUUGUCACCUUUUGCUCUGCAUUGGACGAUAUCCUUGGUGGGGGUGUGCAACUCACCAAAAUUACAGAGAUCUGCGGAGUGCCAGGUGUUGGAAAAACACAAUUGUGGUAA